CGCUGACAGUCUGAGGUACUCGCACACUGUUUUCGUUUUGAAAAACAAGGCUUGCUUCAAGCAGGAAGCUCUUUACAAGACGCACCUCCAACCUCGCCUGGGAAUUAUCUGAUACUCGUUGUCACACUUUGUUUACCCAGCAGGUCAAGUCUUUCUCUAGCUUUUGAGUUAUCAUUGCCUCUCAACUAUACAGUUGUUUGUGUUUCACUCCCACGAGAAUAUCUAACACUCCAUGAUGGCGUCGCCUACACGAGGGAGAUUCGAAAAUUUUCAAGAGCCUGAAUGUCGCCUGGUUGUAGUUGGACGAACCGGAAGUGGCAAAAGCUCUGUCGUCAACAUCCUGUUAGACGAAAAUUUGUCACGAACUGAAAUGUCUUUUGAAUCCGUGACCACUGAUGUAAAGCUUUACAGUCGCAGACGCUUUCAAAAGGAAAUCCGAGUGGUGGACACACCAGGACUGUUUGAUUCACGCCCCAACAUGACCAACGAAAAAGUGAAGAUGAUGCUGGCGACUACCGGCCUGCUGCUGGCCCCUGGACCUCACGCCUUCCUGUUGACCAUUCAGCUCGGCCAGCGACUGACCGAGGAGGAGAAAGCUGUCUUCAGUCAUUUGGUUGACAUCUUCGGCAACGAUUUCCUCAACUACACCAUCGUCGUCUUCACCCACGGCGACGAGCUGAGAAAAACUAAAACUAAUAUAGAAGAUUUUGUGAAGCAUGCACCAACUGAGCUCGCGAAUCUGCUCAGUCAGGUCUUUCAUCGAUAUGUGGUCUUUGACAACACCAAAAAAGGAAACAGUGCGAAAACUCUCUUCGACAUGGUCGAGGGUAUGGUUCGAAGAGACCAGGCCAUGUAUUAUAUAAAUCAAUUCUUCUCUGAUGCGGAGACUGUGAUCUCACAAGUAGACGAAGAAGUAGAACAUAACUACCGUCCUGAAACACUCAGAGAAAAAGCCCGUGAAGCAAUGACCGGAAGUGAGCUCGUACAGGUCAUCAACAACAUUAAAAGAUCAGCAUCAGCUGCAAGCUUAUCAAAAGAGAUAGACCACGAAGUGAAGGAGGCAGGAAAGAAGAAGGACGACAGAGAACUGGUCAGCGUAUUGGUUCGAAUGAUCCGCACUUUGUCCAGACGAGAGGUUAACGAGGGUAAAAGGCAGUCAGCAAUUCAAAGCAUGAUGGUCUCGUCCUCUAUGGUGACCCUAUUGCCUCUUCUAGAAUGAAUACCGAUUCUUCACCUAUGGCUUAUUUUUGUGGACGAUUCGGACAAAUCACAACACCACUGUAAAAAGCUAAUUGGCCAAUUACCACUUUAUUUAUCUCGUAUUAUUUUCGGCAAAACAUGAAUUUUAUAUUUUUGUUUAAUGGGUUCUUCAUACAUUACUUUGUGUGUAUUUCUCUCUUAAAAUGAAUCGUCCAUUUCAUGUUUUUAAUUUCUUUGUUGUGCUCUAUUUCUUUG